AUGCCGCCUGUUUGUGACCAUGGACGCCUGCCUGGAAGCAAAAGCUGCCAUGGAAAGACUAUUGCUGGUUUUCUUCUGACUGCAUAUGCGCGCCGGGAUCGGACAUACAACAGCGAGGGUUUUGUGAAUGGCGAGAAGCGCUCUUGGACGAGUGACGGCAGUAAACCGAUGAUCCUGCUGAAGCAGAAGGAUGGCCAAAUAUCGUCCUAUACCAACAAAGGACCUUGUUCUUCCAACUGCUCCAAGACAUGUGGUGUGCAUAACCAUCGGUUCAUUGAUGGUUCUACGGGGAUAAAACAUCGAGGAUUAUACACAAACAGAUGUUUGGGGAUAAAGGGGAGGAAGCAUCCCGACAAGGGUGCAACCCAGCGCGCCUCAUCGAUGCCCGGCAGGGCGGCGCCAAAUGUGACCGAAUCAAAGGCAGAUGAGCAAAGGUCUGAUACCCAGCCAUGCAGGCGCCAGACCGAGAAGCAACCCCACAAGGGUGCAACCCAGCGCGCAUCAUCGAUGCCAGGCAAGGCGCCGCCAACAGCGGACAAGUCCACUGCAGAUGAGCAAAGGUCUGAUACCCAGCCAUGCCAGAGCAAGAUGCUUGAAGAGCUGGUCGAUUGUUUUGGCUCGGGUGUGCAGCGUGCAGUGACGGUCAACUCCGAAAGCUUGCAUCCAACUCUCGCUUCGAAGCAAGCAGCCUUGCAGGAUGGUCUGAAACUGGUGUAUGAGACGGGAGGGAGAGCUCUUGCAGACAAGGGGCCUCAGGCAAUAUUGGAGAAGGCCGUGACGGAUGCUGUUCCGGCCUCGCUCCGGGAAGCUGUCAUGUCUGAGGCCGCGGAGGCAUUUUGCAACGCGGAAGGCCUCGCAUCGGAGCGGUCGUGUUCUGCAGGAGAGUCUUUGCUCAAGCGGGCAUGUCAGGCAGGGUUGGACAAAGCAGGUGUGCCUCUUGCUGUUGAUCGGUUCAUCAACGAGUCGACUUGCAAGGGCCUCGAGCUAGCGGGUGGCUCAAAGAUUUCGGCAGGCAUACGAGAAAAAGCUGGGGAAGCUGUGCUCCAGGAUGGAACAGCUGUUUGCCAGCACCAGACGGAGAAAGGUAUCCAAUUCCGAGUUGGUGGCGGCACUGCGUUGGAUGUCUGUGUCGGAACCCAUGUCCCUGUUCUCAGCGAGCUGGCCAGUGCUGUCGGGCUCAGCGGCAAUGUGGGCAAGACAGAGAGAGUGGAGACCCAUACGAAGUCCUCCCAGCUCUCCUCUUCGUCGUCCUCGACCCAUGAAACUAUGGAUGGCAUUGCUGGAGGUAUGGAUAUCCUGGGUGUUGAGAUGCUCAAUUUGGACACCGGUGUGUCGAACAAGCAGUUGCUGAAAGAAGAAAGCUCUCUGACGUCCUCUACCAAAGAGCAGACAUCUUCCGUUUCCUUGAAGCUUCUUGGCAAGGAGGUCCAUUCAGUGUCGUUCAGCGAAGUUUCGGACUAUGAAAGGACUGGCAUAUUUGAGUCCAAGCAAGUGCACACCCAGACAAGCAGUUGGAAUGUCAUGGGGGCAAAGGUUCAUAGCCAAGAACACCUCCGGCAUGAGGAACGGAGAAGCUUUACUGGAUCCUCCACCAGAACACAGGACAACCGGAACGGCAUUCUUACUGAGACCGAGGGCUACGGCGUCUUUGGUAUGAACAUACUGGAAGUGAAGAAGACGACAGUCCAAGAUGUUGCUACGGUGCCUAGCAAAUCGGAAAGGCUGGGCAAGGAGCCUGUUCCAGAAGUGGUUGGCGCCAAGAUCCAGGAGAAUCCGCACAGCUUCAAACAGGAGUGCCAACCAUCAGAAGCCUGUUCCAGAAGUGGCUGA